ACUUCCUAGGCGGAUUGAGUGUUUUGCUGGAUAUUGACUCUUCUGAGUUUGAGGUGGCUGUGAUUUAAUCGCGUUGAGAUCCAUUUCACUUCAAUCAAAUAAAUUUUAGCGAAAGGACGACGAAAGACCAUGGCUACACAUGAAUGUCACCGAAAUCAACACUCCUAUAACAGUAGAACGCGAUGAAAACAGUUUACCAUACGACUAAAUGGCUCUCAUGACUGUGCGGUCCUCUUGUAUGAGUAUGUCAGGAAGAAGACUGGACCUGCAGCAUACGGAGGUUCCAGACGCCUACAGAGGGAGAGGCAUUACCAAGGUUCAACUGUCUGACAAUAUGGAAUGGAACCAUGGCCCAAUGCCAAAAUAGACACUGCACCCUCACUCCUAUUAUAUCCCUAGAUCUUUUUUAUAUUUAUCUGGGUCUUUCAGAUAAGUGAUGGGAGUCCAAAGGUCCCAGUAUUAGUAGUUAGGCAUUUGAGCCCAUGGCCUUGUCCAGAAACAACCCCUAAUGUUACCCAUCAUUUGCAAUAUCACAACAAUUCUGCAGGAGGACCUUCUUGCAAUCUGGAGCUGCUCAGCUCAUGCUGUGUAUGGAGAGAAGUCUUUUGGACAUCUUUAACCCAGUGCCAUGGAUUUUGCAGUGGAAGAGGAUCUGAAGGCUCACCUGACCUGCUGGUACAUCUAGAAAUAAGUUAGAGAAUCCCCAACCUCAAUACCUGGAGCAUACCCACCCAAUGUGACCCCAUGACAGAGAGGAGCGGAGAGAGACAGGGGAGUGAUGGCGGCAACGGACUGCUACAUCGUUCACGAGAUCUACAACGGGGAGAAUGCGCAGGACCAGUUUGAGUACGAGCUGGAGCAGGCACUGGAGGCACAGUACAAGUACAUUGUGAUCGAGCCCACGCGCAUUGGCGACGAGACGGCCCGCUGGAUCGCCGUGGGCAACUGCCUGCACAAGAUGGCCGUGCUGUCUGGUACCGCCUGCCUCCUGACGCCGCUCUCACUACCGCCCGAGUACUUGCGCUAUGUAGCACUUCCCACUGGUGCCCUCAGCGUGGCAUGCUCCACCCUCUAUGGAAUCUCCUGGCAGUUCGAUCCCUGCUGCAAGUACCAGGUGGAGUACAACAGCCAAAAACUCUCGCGGCUGCCCCUGCACACACUCACCUCCUCCACGCCAGUGGUGCUGGUGCGCAGGGACGACAUCCACAGAAAGAGACUCCACAACACGAUAGCGCUGGCCGCCCUGGCCUACUGCGCCAAGAAGAUCUACGAACUCUACGCGGUAUGAGCACACUCUGAAGAGGUUUUUAAAAAAUAAAUAUAUAACAGGAAAAGAAAGAGUCCGCCAAGUGGAAGCCAUGCGCACAGUCGAGGGUUUGCCCCUAACCCCCCCCACCCCACUUGAGCGGGCGCUUCAUUUUGAGCUGUUUGAUGGAUAUAGUUAAAUCUAGAAGGAAUUAUUUUUACCUUCUAAUUUUCUUUACUUGUAAGUGACAUCACCAGUGCACUUAUCCAUAUGGAACCCUUGUGCCUCUUCCCUGUCCCUGUACCCCUCAAUACACUAAGUUAGUGCACAAGGGUAGCUAAGUAAAAAUAAAUAGACUGAAUCGUGUUGCAGUUGAAAUGGACAGACUUAAGUAUUACCAACAUUUGUCUAUUCCUUGUAGUUUACCUGUAUCCCUUUCUUGCUGAUCAGUACGUCACCCUUUCAUUAAAGGAUUAGGAUAUUUCAAACUCUCCUUUCUGUAUUUUCUUUUUCAUUAAACAAAUUCUACACCAUG